CUGGACGCAGACUAAUGAAUGAAGUCUACAACAUCUCGCAAGCAAGUGGCGUCAACCCCAUCUACCCCUUUUUGACACCUGUUCAAGUGUACAGUGACAUGAACUCGGAUGGAGGCAAGUGGACUGUAAUCCAGAGGAGGAUAGAUGGAUCUCUGAACUUCUACAGACCCUGGAACCAGUACAAAGUUGGUUUUGGAAACCCAGAGGGAGAAUACUGGCUAGGACUGGAGAACAUCCUUCUCACUAAGAGGAGGAAGUAUGAGCUGAGGGUAGACAUGGAGGACUUUGAAGGAAACCGUGUGUUUGCCAUGUACUCUUCCUUCUUUUUGGACUCUGAGGCAGACGGAUACAAGCUACAUGUCACUGGAUUCACCAACGGAGGAGCAGGUGACUCACUGGCCUAUCAUAGCGGGUUGAUGUUCAGCACCUUCGACAAAGACCAGGACACUUGGUCUGACAACUGUGCAGCUACUCACUAUGGGGCAUGUUGGUAUGGUUCUUGUCACUACGCUAACAUCAAUGGAGAGUACCUAUGGGGAACCACCAAACAUGACGCUACAAGUGUCAAUUGGAAUCACUGGAAAGGUUAUCAUUAUUCUCUGAAAGCUGUCUCUAUGAAGAUUAGACCAGUGCCUUAG